AUGCCAGAGGUGCCAGUUUACCAGAUGGUGCCAGGGGCCAGAGGUGCCAGGGGUGCCAGGGAAGCAGAGGUGCCAGGGGAGCAAGUGGUUUUAAUUACAGAGUGCCAGGGGGGUGCUAGAAGGUGCCAGGGGUGCCAGGGGGCAGGGGUGCCAGGGGUGCUGAGGUUCCAGGUUUACCAGAAGGGUGCCAGAGGGUGCCAGGGUGCCAGGGGUGCUAAGGUGCCAGGGUGCCAGGGUGCCAGAGGUGCCAGGUUUACCAGAAAGGUGCCAGGGGUGCCAGAGGGUGCCAGGGUGCCAGGGGUGCCAGAAGGCCAGGGGUGCCAGGAGCCAGGUUUUACAGAGGGGUGCCAGGGGGUGCUAGAGGGUGCCAGGUUUACCAGAGUGGGUGCCAGGGGGUGCCAGAGGAGCCAGGGCACAGGGUGCCAGAGGGCCAGGGGUGCCAGAGGCCAGGGUCACCAGGGGUCAGGGGCAGGGCCAGGGGGUGCCAGAGGGCACAGAGGGUGCCAGGGGUGCCAGGGGUGCCAGAUGGCAGAGGCCAGGGUGCCAGAUUGGUGCCAGAGGGCAGAGGUGCCAGAGGGAAGGGCCAGGGGGUGCCAGGGAGCUGCCAGAGGGUGCCAGAGGGCUGGGGUGCCAGGGGGGGGCAGCAGAGGUGCUAAGGAGAGCCAGACACUGACAUAUGUUAAAACUAAUCACUUUUAA